AGAGGCGGUUUUGUUCUUCUGCAAGUAGGGAGUGGAGUCUAAAACGGUGUGUAUUGAGAGAGACAAGAAUGUCUUCUUCUGGGCUUCGCAACUUCUUGCCCUUCUCCAGGCUCUUCAGGCAGCUGGAGCAAGAGGUGGAAACUGUGGUAAAUGUGCUGCAGCCUGGACCAUUAGGAAUCAUAGAGCACAAGUUCUCUGCCGAGGAGAUUCGCAAGGCGAGUGCCACAGUUCGUAUGGCAGUAGAGAAUUGGCGACGGAUCGCGAAACUCGAGGAGAGUACUGGGGUCUUACAUGAUUAUAUUCACAAGUGAAGGAAACACCGGGGGAGCCAUUCUCAGUGGAUGAGUGGAAAUUUUUGAAAUUUUGUUCUUGUACAGAAUACAUAGAAGCUUUUGGUACCCGGUUGGAGUGUUGUAUCUUUGUGACUUAGAAACUUCAAUGCUCAAGGAAAUCUAUGAAUGUUUUUCCUUUGCUACCAACCACUGUGAUUUUACAGUACGUAAUUCACCCCCAUUUACCAUCGUAUGCAUUGCUAUUACAACUAUGUAACUAU